AUGGGAGAGGCACAAGACGAUAGCAAGGGUCAAAGACAGGACGGUGGACAGGAGAGAGGCCUCAAACUCGACCUCACGCCCGCCUUGGCGAGCAUCAACUACAACAGCAUCGUAGCCGCCCAAGAGAGGGGUGUAUCUUCCGACGAUGAGACACCACCCGCCGACGCGCCGGACAUACCAAUAGAAGAUGCUCGGACUGCCAUUGGGGUCAGCAUUAGCCGCGAACAGACUCGCCUCACUUCGCCGCAGACCCCUGCUGUGGAGAAGGCGGCUGUGAUUGAAAGAGCAGGAGACUUCUUCUCCACGGAUGGGGCUCAAGGCACGCUAUUUGAGGAACCGGAGGAGGAUGAGGAUAUCGAAGAGUCGAAGGAGCCAAGCGAGCCAGUUGAGCAGCAACAACCCCCCGCGAGAGCAGAGGAGGAGGUUCCAAGCCGGAUAGAACUCCCAGAACGGUCACCCCGAAGGACACCAGUUCAACUCCCAUCUCCAUGGCGCGUAGACUCAAAGGCCCGCUGGCAAACUGGUGGCAAAGGAAGAGCAGGGCUCUUUGACGGCAUCUUCAACCGAAGACGAGCUUCGAGCGGGCCCGAUGCUCCCGAAGGAUGGCAGAAGUCUCUCAUGUCGAGUCUUCCCUCUAUGCCUAAAGGCUUCUCCCUCCCAUCGCCUUUCGCCGCCACACAUGACGGGGGGUCGAAUGACUCGCAGACGAGACCAAGGCCAAGCGGAUCUCCCUCACCCCACCGAUCCGAUACGUCUCCAGCUAUUCGCCAGCGGUCGUACAGUGAUAGACGUGUUCCUCCUUCUGGUACGCCGACGCCGAGAGGCUCAGAGAGCACCCCAACGGCGACGCCUCGUGCAAAAUCGCCACAGCCGAGGAAUUACGAUGAUCGAACGCCGGCGAGGCUGCUGAGAAGGAGUACCUCUGAUCAUUCUCUGUCCACUCUACGCACUUUGUCCGUCGUGGAAUCUCUCGGCGACGACAGCCGCUUCGAGGACGUCUCGGCCCAGGUCAACAGCAGAAUCAAAGCUAUCAAAGACAGCUGGCAGGAUUCUAGCAUAAAGCUGCCCAACCUGUCCAACUUUACUCCGGACUUCAUGCGGGAUCGUGCUGGAUCGCUGAACAAGAGGAACAGCCUCGCGUUGCCAUCGAACAAUACCUCCCAGGGCUCAUCGCGGGAUCUGAGUCAAGCCUCGAACCAGAGACAGCCCGUCGAUCCCAUGACGAGACAGCCUUACACUUCUGCAAAGGCAGCAGCGUCCGACGUUACAGCCGGAAGAGCAGCAAGCCAUCCACACUUCACAAACGCUUUGGAGCAGCUUGAAGGCGAUGUGGUGGUACUUGGGGGCUACAGAGGCUCGAUCCUCCGAUCUGCUGAGCCUCCAAAUCGACAGGUCUGGGUUCCUGUCAAAGUGGGCUUGAAUCUUCGCAAAGUCAACCUUGAGGUCGGUUUUGAAGAAGGCGACGAUGCCAGGGCUUCGGAGAGCGUCAUUGCUGGUGGCAUGUUAACGCAUAUUGGGCCUGUGGACAUUGCUAGGAGAUUGUUCAAAAGGCUGCGCAACUGCCAGAAUGCUCGCACCGGCAAGCUAAGAGUGCACGACUAUGGCUACGACUGGCGACUGGAUCCUGCGUAUCUGUCCAGCGAGCUCAUCAAGUUUCUGGAAGGUCUACCUUGCAACAAGCGCCUCACUCCUAGGGACAGACGAGGCGCUACGGUGAUUGCUCACUCGCUUGGUGGCCUCAUCACACGCCAUGCCGUCAAUCAGCGGCCGGAGCUGUUCAAAGGUGUGAUUUACGCUGGGGUGCCGAACACUUGCGUCAACAUCCUUGGGCCAAUGCGAAACGGAGAUGAAGUGCUUCUGAGCGAUCGCGUAUUGACUGCGCAGGUCAACUUUUCCAUCAGGACGAGCUUCGCACUUCUACCCUUGGAUGGCAACUGCUUCUUCGACAAAAACACCAAGGAGCGGUACCAUGUCGAUUUCUUCGAUCCGCAGACAUGGGUUGACUAUCGACUCUCGCCAUGCGUGGCUCGUCCACUACCACCCUUAGUAGCGCCUCCCAAGCCCGGCGGCAUCACAGGCUACGUCAGCUCUAUGGCCUCCGCUCUCCCAAGCAUACCCGGCCGAGCUCGAAAACCCAGCCUCCGCUCCAAGGACCAAGCCGACCCCUCCACCACCACCCCCGGCACCGCCGGCCUCGAACUCAUGGCCCCAGACACCGCCGAUAGCAAAGGAAAUGUCGCCCACGGCAACAUCGACCGCAACAACUCCGACGCCGUCGCCUCCCCGCGCACGGCUGUCACCCUGCCCCACGAAAAAGCCAUGGCCUACCUCACCCGCACCCUUGCCUCCGUCAAAAAAUUCAAACAAGAACUCGACUUCAUCCCCGCCCACGCCGAAGGGAACAAAUACCCUCCCAACGCGGUCAUCUACGGCAAAUCCACGCCUACCGUCUACGGCGCGAAAGUCGAUGGCAGAGAGGGGAUUAAGCAUGCGGAUGCGUAUGAUGAGCUGGCUUUUGCGAGUGGGGAUGGGGUCGUGCUUGCGCGGGCGGCGAUGGUGCCGCCGGGGUAUAAGGUGGCGAGGGGUGGGGUUGUGAGUAGUGAGAGGGGGCAUGUGACGCUUUUGUCGGAUUUGGAGGCGGUGGGGAGGUGUCUUGAGGCUGUGCAGGGGGCGAGGAGGAGGGGAUUGGGGUUGAGUACUUGA